AAGAAACAGCCGUGUCCGUCUGUCCGCGGCUUCGCUCGCUCCUCGCCUCGGGGCAGCCAUGGCCGUGGUCGGGGUCGCCGCCAUCCUCGGCCUCGCGGCGCUGCUGCCCGCAGCCGGGGUCCCCUGUGGAGCCCCACACCCAGACAGCACCACAGCAUCAAAGCUGCUGGGGACGUGGCUGUACGUGGCGGGGGCUGCCCAGUUCCCCCAGCACCUCCUGGAGAUGCUGCUCAUCGACCACGGCCACCUCCUCGUGGAGCCCCAGGCCAGCGGGCAGGAGCUGCUCCUCACCCAGCGCGUGGCCGUGGGGGACCAAUGCCUCACCAACAACUCCACCUACUUCGAAAUCACUGCCGGUAACACCACGCUGGUGAAGCACGCCAAGACCCACCAAACCAUGGGGACACUGAUGAACCUCAGCUCUGAAGACAUUUUACUCAUCCAGUACCAACUGCAGAGGGAAAGGACGUAUUCGGGACUGUAUCUCUAUGCCCGAAACCUGAACAUGAGCACAGCCCACCAGGAAGAGUUCGAGCACCACGCCAAGUGCCUGGGGCUGAGCGAAGAGGAGAUUGUGUACGCGCCGUGGAAAACGGAGCUGUGUCAAGUGAAAGCCGAUGAAAAAGGAAACAGCCCACACAUGGAGCCCGCGGCUGCAGCCACAGCAUCCUCCCCCCCUCCGGGUACCCACCGGCCUGGGAGCGCCGGUAACUAA